AUGAGCAACAAUCUGAAUAAAGCUGCUUUGACUGCUUACAGACAUGGUCUGAGGGCAACAAGAAUUGCAUUCAAAAAUGACACAAGAAUGUUACUCGCUUCAAGGAAUGAGAUGAGACAAAACAUGAUAAAUCCAAAGGAGAAGUAUCCUCAUUUGACACCAGCCAAACGAAUACAGUUAUUAGAAGACGUGGCUGCGUUUCUACUGAAAAACGUGGUACAAGGCCAGAAAGUAGACGAAAAUGUGUUCCAUUUGAAUAUCCAUAAAGACACGGAAUUGGGCGAUAAUGAGAGCACCAAAACAAGCUGCAAAAAGCAUUAA